AUGUAUGAUGCAUCACGGUUUCUGGCCCAGUCCCAGUCCAGGUUCUCCAACUUUGGCGGGCAGGGCGACAACGAGAGUGUCUCCCAGCUACCACGACAGAACGAACGGAACUCUCCGCCGCGACGAGGCAACAACACCGCGGCCGCAUCUCAUCGAUCAUUCCUUGCGCGAGCAGCCUACGGCGGAAACCCGUACCAGCAGGCAGGCGGCGGCUCACGGUUCGGGAAUCUUGCGUUCGCGUCCAGGGCAUCAGCAGCACAUGAUGCACCGCUCUUUCACAGCACUUUAGACGAGUUCAGGGAGGAGGACGACGAGCAGGAGCGGGAUAGGGAGGCUGCUGACCUCCUUGCGUUGCAAAGGUCGAGGCGGGUUGCCGCAGCUACUAAGAUGGCAGAAAGUACCGAGUCCGAGGGAAACAGUCGGGGCUCCCUGGAUGACAGCACACAUCACGAAGGGCCUUAUCAGCAUCGAGGAUUAGGCCGAGGUAUUAAGAGCAGUUGGAAUGGUCUCCGGGGUUCGCACAGCCCUCAUGUACCCAGCGGGGUGCUCGAGGAGGAGGAGGAAGAGGUCACGCGACCCAGGAUAUAUGACGGGACCAAAUCAAGUCCGGAUAGCAAAGGGAAGAUGGUCGACAUCGGUCUAGAGUCCCAGGCUGAUCCCGACGAAGAUCCGCCAGCCUCGCUCUUUGGCGAAGCACCAACCGACUCGAGCCCCCCAGCGUUUCAGCGCUUCAAGUCGGAGCGGGCACCGUUCCUAGAGAGGUCAGUCACGAAUGAUACCGACCAAAGUCGUGGCGCGCCGGCCUCGAUCGCAGAAGAUGAGCCAGCCCAGCAAGCCACGGCAUCUCCGGAGGGAGAAGUGUUUUAUCACGACCAGUUCUUCGCCUGGAUUUUCCUUAUCAGCUUCGCCGCGAUGAUGUCGACGUUUGUAUUGGUAUGGCUAAAUACGGGAUCUCGGAGUAGUCCAGUUGGAGACACCAUCUACGCAACGCUGCAGAAGUCUUUCAACAUGCUAGCUGUUGACACCAUUGUUGCCAUCUUUGUAUCCUUUAUCUGGCUGGCAUCCCUAAGGUCAUUCGUCCGCCCCCUUGUCAACGUCAUCCUGAUCGCUGUGCCGGUGAUCAUGCUUUCGUUUUCGAUUUACUCCUUUGCGUCCUCUUUCAAGGGACGAACGCAUGGAGCCAGCUUCCAGGAUUCGGUUAUGCGGUGGUCAUCAGUGGUUCCUGCCGUGGGUUGUGUCCUGUGGAUCUGGCUUGUGGUCAAGGGACGAAGAUCGAUCCAACAGGCGGUAGAAAUCCUCCAGUUUUCCAGUAAAAUUUUGACACAGAACUCGGGGCUGUUCCUCGUUGGAUUUGGUUGUCUAGCUCUCAUCGUGGUCUGGACUUGGAUUUGGUUAGGAAUGUUCACCCGGGUCUUCAUGGGCGGGUAUUUCUCAAAGAACAGUUUCAAGUUUGUGAUUCAGCUGUCAAGCUGGUGGCUCGGCGCAGGCUUCAUCUUGAUGUACAUGUGGACUCUGUCGGUGAUCAACGGCAUCCACAGGGCCACGACUGCUGCGACGGUUUCGCAGUGGUACUUCCACCGCAACGCAGCUCCGGGAACUCACUCGCGGGAGAUUGUAACCGCCGCUCUUUUCCAUGCUUUGACCACCAUCUUCGGCAGCAUCUGCCAAUCAACUCUGCUUUCACUACUUGUCCGAGCACCGCUCAUCUUCCUACCGAGACGGAUUGGCUCUAUCAUCUCCAACCUGGCCGCCUUCUGGAUCCCCACGCCAAUCAUUGCCUUGACCAACCCGCUGACUGUCACGUACUCAGCCAUCCACUCUCAGAACUUGUCUAUCUCAGCCCGUGGAUUAGGACAAAUGGAUGUUAUCUCUUCAGCCAUCCCAACGACAACUCUAACUCCGCAAGCACUAAGGAUGCGAGGGCAUGCAGGCACUAGUCUUCUUCCUUACCGUCUCUCAAAGCUCCUUUUAGUGGCCACGCGCCUCAUCAUGGCUACAGGUCUAGGUUUUGCUGGUUGGGUGAUCACGGCCAAACAGCUUCAGAUCCAGCUACCAGAUGGCAUGGGAAUGCGAGGCUCCGCCUACGCGUAUGUUGUUGGUAUCAUGGCCAGUUUCAUCGGGUACUCAGUGAUGGGUGCCAUGGAGGGCAUUCUCAGUGGUAUUGUAGAUGCUGUUCUCAUCUGCUACGGCAGCGAAAGACGCAUGGAACGGGGGCAUGGAAGAUUCUGCCUCGAGGCGGCGUACCUCUUUGGAGAGAGAAGGCUGGGAGACUCCCGUGAAUAUGUGUAA